ACUCAACGUUCCUUUACUGUCUCGAGCUAAACACGGAGUCAUGGGGAAGGAGUCGGAGGCCACCGCUACUAUCAGAACCAGGAAGUUCCUGACCAACAGGCUUCUCAAUAGGAAGCAAAUGGUUGUGGAUGUCCUUCAUCCUGAUCGGGCCACUGUACCGAAAACGGAAAUCAGAGAAAAACUAGCCAAGAUGUACAAAACUACUGGUGAUGUUAUUUUCUGCUUUGGCUUCAGAACAGCAUUUGGUGGGGGAAAGAGCACAGGCUUUGCACUUGUGUAUGAUACACUUGAUUAUGCUAAGAAGAUUGAGCCCAAAUAUCGUCUUGCGAGACAAGGCUUAAUAGAAGUAAAGAGAACUGCCCGUAAGCAGAGGAAGGAGCGCAAGAACAGGAUGAAGAAGGCUCGUGGUACAGCCAAGGCUAAGAUGGCUGCUGCUACUAAAAAGAAGUAAAUGGAGCUGUGAAGAAAAAUAAAUUUGAGAUGAGAA